CCUACUGGUGUAAAUCAGGAAUAAGUGAAAAUCAACAGAGUCACGCUUCUGCAUCAGAUCAGAUUACAAAAAGAGCAAGGUCCUGAGCUCAGAUGCAGUGGGAUGAUGUGAAGCAUGACAGCUACCAGGAGACAGAAGAGGGUGCGUUGGCCUCACAUUCCUGUGUGAAUCAUCAUGGCAUUUUUUCUUUCCAAAGUUUCAGCUGCAUGGAGGAAAAAUCAGUUUGAACAAGAGAGACAGAGCUUACGUAUAUUCUUCCUGCCUGCACCAGAGCAAGGGGUGAAAACAGAGGAACGUGGAGAGGAAGGGGACUGCAGUCUGCAUUUUAUCCAUGAGGGCCCAUCCCCACUGCGUGGGAAGCUAGCUGGCUCUUCGUGGGACUGAUCUUCAUUAAGCAGACUGUAUGUAUACAUCAUGUGAAACCAAGACAGAGUUUUUAGCUCCUUAAACAAAGACCUUUAGCACUGGAGCUGAGAGAAAAUGCUCCUGACCAAGAGCCAAACUGGAGGCUAAAUUGGAACAAAUGCAUCCUACGGAAACUGCUCCUGGUGCAGCCCUGCUGGUAGGACACUGCAGAAACCUUAGCUGACUCCAGGCAGGUCAAUGGCUUCUACUGUUGUAGCAGAAAAGAAAAAAUGCUGAAGCAUGUGCCCCGAGACAUGAUGCAGAAAGAGAUGAAGCAUUUUUCCCCACAUUUGCAUGGAGUUAUGCAUGUGUUUGCUGUGCAGAGUCCAUUAUGCUGGCAAAAAGUAUAUUCUGAACCAGGCAGGGCCUUGCCCGUUGCUGUGGAGUAGACAAAGCAGAAGGAUCCAGCCCCAGAAGAAUAUCACCACUAAUGGCAUUUCAGUUUCAUCUCCUCUGAAUAAAUGAAGAAAGUGACUAUGAAAGCACAGCAUCUACCUUCUGUUGCCAUCAAUGAGGAGAAGUUUAUAACCAGAGAGCAGCUCAGUUCUCUCCUGAAGACCUAUAACUCUUACUAUUCUGAUCAAGAAAAUCUGCAACUGUCACUUAAUCAGCGAGAAGGAAGCGUACCAUUUAUUGAAGGAAUCUUGUCAAUAUUUUGGGGACUCCGACAUCCUAUCCGAUUAAAAAUUCAUGAUGAGAAGCAGAUACCCUCUUUUGUAACCUUAAAGUCAACAGAGAAUGUGGGUUUGUUCCCUGGUAGAAGCGGAAUGACACGUUGGGGAGAAUUUGAUGAUCUACAUCGUAUUAGUGGGGAGACAUUGAAAUCUAAUGAAGAAAAGCUGAACCCUGAGAAAAGUUAUUCAUGUUACGAAAGCAGCACUCUGAAGUCCAAGAGCGAGCAGGAACAUGACUGUACUACCCUGCCCAGGGCGGUCAGCGAUGCUGCAGCUGUAAGGAAGAGGACCAAGUUCCCCAUGAUAGCAAGAACAGAAGUGGAAACGCACAGGUUUUCUAUUAAUGGCCACUUCUACAACUAUGAGACAUCAGUUUUUACUCCAGCUUUUGGAUCAGAAACCAAAAUACGAAUUAACAGCUAUAUGAGAACAAGAGAAGUAAUAGAACAAUUGCUUCGAAAGUUCAAGAUAGAAAACAGUCCGCAUGAAUUUGCACUUUAUAUUAUCCAUGCAUCCGGAGAGAAGAAGCAGCUGAGGAGUGGAGACGUUCCCUUAGUGCACAGACUUCUGCAGGGGCCCUCGGAGAAGAUUGCCAAGUUUUUUCUCAUGGACAGGGAUGUGGAAGAGGUCAGCGGCGAUGUUGCUCAGUAUAUUCAAUUUCAUCUUCCAUUUUUGGAAUCAAUCCUGCACAGAAUAAAUGAAGAAGAAGAACAGGAAAUUCAACAAACAAUUGCAAAAUACCUUAAAGAGAAGCAAUUGAUAAGACAGCACCUUCAAAAUCGAACUGUUAAAAAAACAGAGACUACUGUUUGAUGUGCGUGGCGUAUUGCGAAUACCACCCACUGCUGUUGGCAAAGGAAAGUCUGUGUGCUUUCUUGAAUGUGCCAUGACUGAAGAAGACACAGAGCACACGGGUGUGCAGUGUUUCUUUAGACAAUCAUGCAACUGAAACUGCAUAUGCUCCAGUAUGGCUCUGGAAUACAAGUUGGGAACCACUCAAGAUGCACUAAAUUGUCCAAAAGGCAAAUGCUGAAUCUAACUUGAAACUUCAGAUAGGGAAAAAAUCCCAUCCUGGAAAGCACAAGGCUUUACCACCUAGUAAUUCCAAACCAUUGCUGAGAGUCUAGUAUAUAUGCAAAGUGUUGCAGUAACUAAUCUGCUAAUCAUAACAAAAAAAAAAAAGAAAAAAAUGAAAAUAGUGAAAAAUUAAAAUGGCUUUCCUUCUAUUACAGAAAUGUUAAAUUUUAUUAGGAGGAAGCCGUUCAGUAGAGUUAAAUGGCAAAAGGUAUUUAUGUAUCCAAGAUUGCAGCUAGGCAUUUCACAGCUUACAAAAACACCUACACAAGAGAGACCUGAUAGUCCCCUGGCUUCAGAUUGGUAGAUUCCUAACUCAUAACCUUUGAGCACAAGUUUUAAAAAUACAAAGAGAAGCUCUCCCAAUUUAUUGGUACUCAGCUCUUAAAUGUAUGGGUGAAUGUAUCUCUGGUGUCCAUCUUAAGCUGCAGAGUAAGAACUCUCACUAAGUGCUGUGGUAUCUGCUUGACUGGGUGCUGGAAUGUACCCUAGCGUUUUUUUUUUGAUGAGACAAAUUAUUCCAUGUUAUUUCCUGUGUUUUGGUUCAAAGAUAGAAAGGAAAAGAGUUCAGUGAGAGAGGCUGAAUGUCAUAGCUAUGAUAGGCUGGGGUUGCAUCUUUCUGCAGAUGCAAUCUGUGGACUGUCUGGUUGUUGCUCAAGCAUACAGCAGUCACCUGUUGGUCCUGUCUGUUCGAGUCAUGCUGAAUGGUAAAGUUCAAAUUGUAGAGGUGUAAAUAAAAUCCAAUUUGUGCACAAUUAAGUGCCUUCCUGUAGUAGUUUCUUUUCUUAUGUGGUGUCUGUGUUUUACAUCAGCAGUUCUGGGCUUAUGCAGAUAACAGCAUAAACACUUGAGAGAAUUGGUGUGCAGAAUGUGUUGUCUAGAAAUCAUGUGGAAUAAAUCAAGAAUGAAAAGCUGUACUCCCCUUGAGGUGAUGUUACUUUGGAUGAUAAGUCAAAAAUGAGAUGUCAAUUUGCUAAUUAAGCUGUUGUGCUUGGGGCAGGUACUUACUUUAAUGUACAAUCUAUUAUAAUCCUGCCCAGAAAAAUGAUCGAGAGGAGAAAUAAAAAUAAUUCAGUAGUCAAGAUGCAUGGUAUUAAGAGUUGCCCUAGUUGUGCCAAAUGUCAGUUACCUGAAGCAACAGAUGUAUAUACACAAAUGUCACUGAAAUUACCCAAGCAAACCAUUCAAAUAUCGAUUAGCCAAAUUAUAGGAGAUAGGAAACUCACCAUAAAACAUCACAAGUUGGACUUGCAAGGUAAGCUCAAAUUUCAAUGACAUCUAAACUAGUCCACAGUCAAGUAUUGUUCUCAUCCAAAACCAAGCAGAUGUUGGCCGCUUGAACCGGAGUCAUGCACUGAGGUGUUUUUGGUAUAUUUUGGCACCAGCUGGCCAUACUGAGAACACUAGCAAUGGUGCCAAAGUCAGCACAGAAGCAGACCUCUUGGUCUGGAUUUCAGGCUUUGUUCUACCUAACUUACUCUAAGGAACAAGUCAGAAAUCACAUACAGAGCAAUAUUCAGGUAGCUCAAAUUCAUGGGCAGGGAAGUCUAGCCUGCACUCAUGAAACUGGGGAGUGAUGCAGACCCCUCUGCCUGCACUGCUGUACCUGCUCAUCAUUUUAAUCAAAAAAAAAGUAUUUAGGUUUUAUGUAAAUAGGCUAUUUGUUAGGUGUUUCACUUGGUAAAUGCUUGUAGUUUUAUGAAUGUAACUACUUGGUCUGAGAUGUGAAAAAAAUAAAAUAGGAUCAGUGCACUGACCAUGCGGAAAAGUGUUUGCGAACAGAUUCUCCAACCCUGUCUGUAUGUACACAGUUCCUAAAUGGAACCAUUUUUGCAGUCAUCUGGUGUUAAAUACUAUGAUCCCAUUGGGUUGCUUGUAUUGCUGAAUUGGGACUAAAAGAUACUGGAAAAAUAACAAUGGAACCUAGCACAGAUUACCUGUAAAUUAUUGGAUUUUAAGCACUAGUAAAAUAAAGCUGUUACAUU